AUGACGCACCCCGCCAUCGUCACCACGCCCGGCCGCUUCCUCUUCACCUCGGAGAGUGUCAACGAAGGCCACCCAGACAAGCUGUGCGAUCAAGUUUCAGACGCAAUUCUGGAUGCUUGCCUUGCAGAGGACCCAAACAGCAAAGUGGCAUGCGAGACAUGCACCAAGACUGGCAUGGUGAUGAUCUUCGGCGAAAUCACCACCAAUGCGAAUGUCGACUACGAGAAGAUCAUCAGGGAAACCUGUAGGGACAUCGGAUACGAUGAUGAAUCCAAAGGGCUGGACUACAAAACAAUGAAGGUUGUGGUUGCAAUUGAAGACCAAAGCCCAGAGAUCGCACAGGCUGUCUAUGUGAACAAAAACAUAGAGGAAAUUGGAGCGGGGGACCAAGGCCACAUGUUCGGCUAUGCUUGUGAUGAAACUCCGGAGCUAAUGCCUCUUAGUCAUUCUCUUGCAACAAAUUUGGGCAAACGCCUCACUGAUGUCCGCAAGUCGGGGGUCUUGCCUUACAUCCGUCCAGACGGAAAGACACAGGUGACUGUUGAAUACGACAACACGUCGGGAGUGCCGGUGCCCGUGCGAGUGCACACAAUAGUGAUUUCAACUCAGCACGCGCCGGAGGUGGCGAACGAGCAGCUGCGAAGGGAUAUAAUGGAACACGUGAUAAAGCCCGUUGUGCCGGCAAAGUAUUUGGACAACAACACCAUUUACCACUUGAAUCCCUCUGGGCGCUUCGUGAUCGGGGGCCCCCACGGCGACGCGGGCCUCACUGGCCGCAAGAUCAUCAUAGACACUUACGGGGGUUGGGGGGCCCACGGCGGCGGCGCUUUCAGCGGAAAAGACUCCACGAAAGUUGACAGAAGUGCCGCUUAUGCGGCGCGCUGGGCGGCCAAGUCCUUGGUGGCCAACGGGCUCUGCAAACGGUGCCUUGUGCAGGUCUCGUACUCCAUUGGCGUUGCCGCCCCUCUUUCUCUUUUUGUGGACUCUUAUGGCACUUGUGCUGAGGGCUACACGGACGACUGCCUCUUGCGAAUUGUCGCUGAGAACUUCGACUUCAGACCAGGAGUCAUCCAGCGGGAUCUGCGUCUGAAGGAGCCGCUCUUCAAAGAGUUGGCGGCUUACGGCCACUUCGGCCGCUGCCCUGAGAAAUAUGCGUGGGAGAAGCCUCGCGACCUUUCGCAUUGCAAGAAGUCAGCAUAA